CAUAAUGAUGGCGGAUAGUGCGAGUGAGAGCGACACGGACGGAGUCACCCCUCAGUGCUCCUCAUCCUCCUCCAUCCUCAUCUCUCCCUUCCGUCUCGAGGAAUUGACGAACCGCCUGGCCUCUUUACAGCAGGAGAACAAAGUCUUAAAGAUCGAGCUCGAGACGUUUAAACUGAAGUGUAAAGCGCUGCAGGAGGAGAAUAGAGACUUGCGCAAAGCCAGUGUCACUAUACAAGCAAGGGCAGAACAAGAAGAGGAGUUCAUCAGUAACACCUUGUUCAAGAAAAUUCAGGCCCUGCAGAAAGAGAAAGAAACACUUGCAGUCAACUAUGAGAACGAAGAGGAAUUCCUUACCAAUGAACUCUCGCGAAAACUUAUGCAAUUACAACAUGAGAAAGCCGAACUGGAGCAGCACUUAGAACAGGAGCAGGAGUUUCAAGUGAACAAACUGAUGAAGAAGAUCAAGAAGCUGGAGAAUGACACAAUCUCCAAACAGCUCACCUUAGAACAGCUCAGUCGUGAAAAGAUCGACUUGGAAAACACUUUAGAGCAAGAACAAGAAGCUCUAGUGAAUCGCCUAUGGAAGCGCAUGGACAAACUGGAGGCAGAAAAAAGGAUUCUACAAGAGAAGCUUGACCAGCCUGUCUCUGCCCCUUCAUCCCCCAGGAACAUCUCCAUGGAGAUAGAGUCUCCUGAGAACAUGAUGCGACACAUCCAAUUCCUCAAGAGUGAGGUGGAGAAACUGAAGAAGAACCUGCGCAUUGCAGAGCUACAUCAUACAGAGAAGAGGGCUCAAUACAUAGAAGAAGAGCGGCAUAUGCGUGAGGAGAACAUCCGGCUGCAGAGGAAGCUCCAGAGGGAGGUGGAGCGCAGAGAGGCCCUGUGCCGGCAGCUGUCUGAGAGCGAGUCCAGCCUGGAGAUGGAUGACGAGAGGUAUUUCAAUGAGAUGUCUGCUCAAGGCCUGCGUCCCCGUACCGUAUCCAGUCCUAUUCCCUACAGCCCAUCACCGAGCUCCAGCCGACCCAUCUCACCAGGGUUGUCAUAUGCCAGUCACACGGUGGGCUUCACCCCACCCACCACACUGACCCGACCGGGCAUGUCUUACUACAACACGCCCGGCCUCCACGUCCAUGUAGGAGCUUCACAUGGCAUCGCAAGACCCUCCCCAAGAAGAAGCAAUAGUCCGGACAAAUUCAAGCGUCCUACACCCCCGCCUUCCCCCAAUAUGCAGGCUGGUGUGCAGCCGCCACCUCCACUUCCACCCCCAGUGCAUCCAGUGUCAUCCCAAGCAGCUCUGUCACAACAACAACAGCUGCAGUAGUCCUCACAGUCAUAGAUCAAUGUACCAUCAGAGAGGAUUAAAACCAGAGCUGCUUUACUAACCCCACCCCACUUGCUUGGAAUGAAGGCAUGCACAGCUCAGAGGGUUGCUUUUGAGGGAGAAGAAAAUGAACAUUCCCCUAAAGAUGUAGCACAGUUUUGACAUGAGAAAGAGAAUUAAAGGGCUGGUUCACCCAAAAAGGAACAUUCUGUCAUCAUUUACUCACUCUCAUGUCAUCCCAAACCUUUAUGACAGAGGGGACCUUCACAGUGAACAUGUUUUUCUAUGUAAACAUGCUCUAGACAGACAUCUUGGAAUUUUUUUUUUUUUUUUUCUUUUCUUUUUUCUCAGUGUCAUGCAGGAGUGCCAUUUUCAAGACACCAUGUCCAGUUAUAAGAACUUCAAACUUUUUAAAAAAUGUCUUGACACCUGCAUUCUGUUCCAUUGGUGUCCAGCUUGUUUUAGCAGAAGAAUGCAUACAGCCUGAACAGCCCUUAACUUUCUUCCCUGGAGCACAGAAUGUCAAAUUUUGAAGAAUGCUGAAGUUUUCAAAUACAACGAAUGUGAAGGGUGACUGAGGCUGUCAGUCCCUAACAUUCUACCUAAGAUCUCCUUUUGUGCUCCACGGAAGAAAAAAAAAGAAUCAUUCAGGUCUUGAACAACAUGAAGCGAGUAAAUAAUGACAGAAUUGUCAUUUUAUGAGUAAACUAACUCUUUAAGAUUUCAGCAAGUACUUACUGCAUUGACAUCAGUCAAGCAUACAAUCUACAUCCAAAGCGAUCUCUUAGAAAUUCCUUGGUCAUAUAUGGACAAAAGAUGAUUUUGAGAAAAAGCAAAGUAUAAUGACUGCAAUCAUAUAUUUUUCCAUAAAAAUGGACAGUUUAAAAAUGUCAACCAGAGCGGACUAGUAGGACAUCAGUGUUCCAGAUGGAAUUGUGGUAUAAGCAGCUAUUGGUCUUUCAUAGAUGACAAGAAACUCGGGCAUUGGCAGCCGUUUGCCUGACGCCACUCUGGCAUUCUCAGUUAAAUUAUAGAUUAGCAAGUGUCUCCAAAAGUGAGAAAGGAAACUUUCUAAUCAGACAGCCUGCUGAUACAGCAAUAUGCAUUUCAUACUGUUGUUAUGCAUUUACCUUGCCACAUAAAUCGUAUUCAGAAAGCAAGACAGCAAAAUAUAUUUACCAUACUCAGAAUGUUUGGCGAAAACACUUGAUAAAUUUCAUUAAGAAAUAUCUGGACAUUGGCAUGACUAUACCCACCCCCCCCCCCCCAUUAUUAUAUAUAUAUAUUCUUUUUUAUGAAUUCAGUACAGGAAAUACUACCAUAAUGUAUACCUGUAGAUGUACCUUACAAAAUGUACGAUACAAUUUAAAUAUUAAAAAAAAAUAAAAAAUCCACAUGGUAGUAUGUUUGGAGCAUUGGGGGAUGAUUUUCUUCAAGUAAAAUAUAUACAUAUAUUUUUUUUUUUUUACAGGAUGUUUCUUGACGAGUGUUGUAAGAUUCAGGUGACUUAGGUGUAUGAGAACAUCUGCUCACUUUUAAGUAAGAUGACUUUGUCUUUUGUGGCUGCUCCUCCUACUGGGUCCUAAGAUUUUUUUUUUUUUUUUACAGCAAGACCCUUUAGAUAGGAAAUGAAAUGGUGUAGAUUAGAAAGAGACUCGUGUUUGGAGGAUGUGUCUUUAUUUCUUAUGAUGAACUGUUACAUUGUUUCAGGUAAACAGUGUUUGAUACCACUGUGAUUGAUUUUCUUUUGUUUCGUUUUUUUCCAUUCCAGAAUAUACGAAAUUGAGUAAAGUGAGUUGGAGCAUGUGUAAAUAAACUUUGUGCGCUUUUUGAAGUAUUUGAAACUUUCUGGCACUAAUGUGUAUAUGUGAUGUCAUCUUAGACCUGUCUGUUGUCGCCGACUGUAGUUUUCAACCAUUUUUUAAGAUUUGCUCCAAAUUACCAAAUUGAUCCCUGAGUUGAUGCAGCUUAACAUGCCUAACAAGAGAACACAAGCAAGCACUUACUACAUAUUAUGACAAUUAUAAUUUAUUGCAGAAUUACUGAAAAUCAAAGUAAACCAAUUACAGGUUCCCAUGCAGUUCCAUUGUAGUUAGGGCACAGUUUGUUUGGGAUGUGUUAGCUGUGACCAGAUAGAUGCUGUAAGUGUACAUCUUGCCCUUUCUAUUCGUAACAAACCCAUCCUUGUUGCGCGGUGCACUGUGACAGCAGGGGUUGUCAUAUUUACUACAGGUUGUCUGUAAAGGCUUAACUGACUGUUUUUGUUUCUGUUGUUUCUUUACAAUGUACAGUAUUUUGGAGAGUACAGUUUGUUAGAACAUUCUUCUGAGAACCAGGAAUGUUUGUUUCAUUUUGUUUAUCUUUGCUUUUGUUACUGUAAAUACUCAUUUCAUUGUAUAGGGAAAAAAAGAAUAAAGAAAAAGAACUAUGUUUUUUACCAUUAUAUGUGCCAGCAGAUUUCAGCUUUUCUAGAGCAUGUCCUUUUUUCUGUAUUCCUUUUUUUUUUAUUGACUGUUGACAGAUGAAUGUAAUGUUUGCUCAUUUUACUGCUGUCAUUAUUGGAUGGAACACCUUUGAGCCUUAACUCACUGUGGUAUUGCUAAAUGUAAGAAUUGUUUUGCUUUGUAUCCCAACAUCAGAUAAUUAAAACCUUAAAAUGUUCAA